AUGUUCAAAUCGAUAUCCAAAACUUUCAGAUCAAAGCCCAUAGCCGUGCAGCCGACGGUUGUGGGCACAGACCUGAUUAAUCAGAGAGAUCUGGUUGCAACGCUCAAGACGGGGUCAACGAGUGCGAAAAUCGCUGCCGUCCGCCAAUUGAUCUCCUCCAUCAAGACUGUAAGCAUCUCGUCUAUCCCGGAGCUGUGGUUUCUCGCCAAACAAAACCUCGAGCUUUCUAAUUCGGACCAACUCCGUCUGGAGACGUUCAAUCUGUUUCUCGCCUGCAUUGAGGCUAGCGAUCGUUCAACACCGACUAAAAUGGCAUAUUACAAGGAUAUACUAGAGUAUCUGGAGUCGGACAUCGAUUACAGCGUCCAGAGUCUCAAGUUGCUCACAAACGAGGGCCGUGACAUUUAUGACCUGCUAAUAUAUCAGCCAUAUCCGUUUUUCAAGUACUUGUGGAGCACACUAAAUAACCUGCCCGAACGAGAAGAAUCACAGACAGAGUUCACCUUGUUUCUUGCAAAUUGUCUGAAAUUCAAUUUCAAUCUGUUCGAAUCCAAAGACCUUGCGAAAUUGCUCUCCAAAGUCCUGGAUUUGGCCACGCGCGCCGCCAACAUUGACACUCUCACCGCAUACUUCCAGAUCAUAGACACAUACAUAUCUCUCGGCAGUGUUCCACCUUCCAGCAUUCGCGAUAUCGUCGAUAUUCUCGGCAGAGCCAAGCUUCUUGGCAACAUCCAGCUAGACCACACGAUAGACGGCAUUUUGGUGACGCUUCUGAGCAGCCCAAAUUAUACUCUGCUCACGUUUGUCAAGUGCUCUGAAAUUAUUGGAACCGAGGAGAGGCCCGCAUAUGGCUGUCUGGUGUUUGUGCAAACAUAUUUGGAUUACUACGGAGACACAUCCAAGGUAGGUAGGUUGGUCACCGACGUGCUAGAGACAGCUAGUGGGCUUCUGUUGCCAGCUAUUGUUUCCUGUCCGGCACAGACACAGCCAGCCGUGGCCAACGCUAUUUGCUCUAUCGUGCUCUCGCUGCUCGACCUAGGCCUUCUUUCGCAACGACAGUUUAUGGACGCGCGGUUCUGGGACUGUUUGAUGGCUAUGGAUUCUGAGGCCGUGGACAGGUCGACUUUCGGACGCCUCUUUGACCGUCUGCAGGCCGCCACUAAUCCCUUAUGGCGUGAGCACAUCGUUCGACUAUUUGAAAAAAAUAGAGACCUUCUGUCGGAGUCGCAGCUUGACUACGUCAUGGACAGCUACAACUCUGAGCUUAGGUGUGUAGCCAUCACAGAAAACUGGCAGCAGAAUUGUGAGUCGCUCAUGAACACGUUCGGCACCACUGACAAGGUGCUUGCAGUGCUAGAGCUGGCAUUUUUCGAGUCACUGGACAUCUGCGAAAAUCGCGAGCCUCUCAGCCACUAUCUGGAUCUCUUCCUCAAUGAGGGCUUCUGGAACCUUGCCAACUAUCCCGACACGCUCGCAAAAAUUCUGCUCCGCAUAGACAACCAGCUCUUAGAGUUACUCGUUUCCAAAUUCCCCUCCGCUGCCGUGUUUACCCAGCAUGUCGUGUAUUCGCUGCUAUUUCUUUGCCAGAGCUCCCGCAACACCAGCAAAGCCGGUGCUAUUUUCGAUUAUCUCUUGGAACUGGCUUCCUCCACCAUUUCUACCGACCACGACACUUUUCUCACCAUCGCACGGCUCAUGGCCCGCGCCAGGCCCGCAGACGACUAUAUAUACUUCGUUGACGUCUGCGACGUGGACGGAUUGUGCCAUAACCUGGCAAGGAAUGUCGACACCGGUCACAUUCGCGACGAGAGCUGGAAAUGGCAGUAUCCCGAGACCCUUACGUAUCUGCCCCGCGAGCUGCUGGAAAAUUGCAGCCAUAGGUGUCUCAAACGAUGCGAUCUUAGUGACUGGCUCGAACUGGUCGUUUUAACGCUCGAAACCUUCGUCCAUUGGGAGGUGUAUUCGUUCGUGCUUGGCCAUCUGUGUCCGCAGCUGGCGUACUCGUCGCUGUUCCCGUCUCACGACCAGAUCUUGCGGCUGAUUCGCACGCUCUGCCAUCAGUUGCAGUUGCGGUUCCCGUCGUCUUUCAAGCCGGUGGCCGUGUCGAAAACAGACGUCCAGGUCGCGCUGAUCAGGACACUGUCGGCCAUUCCAGCGUACCAAGCGAUUUUUUCUAGAACAGAGGAAGACCUAUUGAUCAGCUCUGUGAUCUCGGCACUCAAGUCCUGGGACAAGACCGGCAUUCCGUGUCUGCAUUUUCUCAUCGUCUCGUGCUACGAGUUUUCCGCCUCGAUCAAACGGUUUCUGGGCCCCAUUCUGAGCAUCCUGCAGACCAGAUUGUCCACCGCUGCUACCGCUGCCCCCAUCUUGGACCUGCUAUUCAGUCUUUCAGAACUGCCUGCUCUAAUUUCAAACCUGACCACGGAGGACUAUAAACGCAUUUUUGCCAUUGCGUUCAAGUACAUCGAGUACUCCAAGGACUCGUUCCAAAACAAAAAAGAGCACGACGUGGACUAUCUGGACUCCUCGCUCGACAGACUGCCUUCGACCCAAACGUUCGAGGUCAGCCAGCAGUUGCUGUUGUUUUUAACAGCGAUGUCGUACCGCGCAGUCUGUGGCUGGUUUCUUAAACUUUCGAUGGACCAGCGAAGCGAGCUCGUUGAGUUUAUCAAUAAAAAUCUGGUAGCUCUUGGUUUGGAAGACACGAAAAAUAAAGUGCACUACGAGGCCAUCAACCGGUUUGUGACGGCUGAAAAUAGCACAAGACAGAUUUUCGCCGUCGAUACAGAAAUAGACUAUCACAAGGACUACGACACGCGCCAUUGGCUCCACGGAGACGCGCUGCUCACGGUGGCGAGCCACAAACACACUUCCAAAUCGCUGCUCACGCUGCGUCGAUCGACGGCGAUCGACCGUUUUGAAGUGAGGCUGCCAGCACGGCACACACACACGUCUCUGCAGCCGUCGUUUGUGGUUUCCGCGCUUCUGGGAGCUGGAAACGCCGAUCUGAGGCCUUUGGAGAUGGACGACCAGACUAGGCGGUCUGUCGCGGUGAUGGACCGGAUCCCGGUGGUGAACCUGCACAAAAUCGGCGUGGUGUACAUUGGGCCCGGCCAGACUACCGAAAAGGACAUUUUGAGCAACCAGUUCGGCUCAGAGGCGUACGAGGCGUUUCUGACGCGGCUUGGAAAGCUUAUUCGGCUGCGUGGUUGCACAGACUACUACGUUGGCGGCCUGGACACGCAGAACGACCAGGACGGCGAAUACACGGUGCAUUACCAUUCACCGGUGUCCCACGUAUGUUUCCACGUGACUACGAUGAUGCCUCACGGCACCGAUGACGCUGUGAGCAGCAAAAAGCGGCACAUUGGCAACGACUUUGUGAACAUCUACUGGAACGACUCGGGCAAACCGUUUCUGUUCCACAAGAUCGCGUCACAGUUCAAUUUCAUGAGCAUUGUGAUUGAGCCGUGCGCCGAGCAGUGCUACCGCGUGAAAAUAUUUCGAAAAGCAGGAAUCCCGGGGAUAUUCAGCACGACUCACUUCAAGCUCAUUAGCGAGCACAAUUUGCCAAGCUAUAUCCGCAACGUGAGCACGCUGUGUGGCCAGUUCUGCGAGAUCUGGACGAAUUCGGACUGGCAGUUCAACUGGGAGCGCCGUUACAGACAGCUGCAGACAAUUAGGGCAAGAGCUGGAUAG